AUGAAGAUAUUCCAAGAGAGCCUGAGUAAGGGAUGGGAGUUUAAAGACCGUGAUGACAGCACGCAGAACCCAUGGAUGAGUGUGCCUGCAGUCCCUUCUGUGGUGCAGCGGGAUCUCAUUGCAAAUAAGAAGCUAGAAGACCCUUACGUAGGGUUCAACGAACUUAAGGCCCGCUGGGUAAACGAAAAGACAUGGGUAUACCGACGUGUACUUCCCCAGCUAGAGGUCCCCACUGGCACAGCAGUUGCCCUGGUGUUUGACGGCCUGGACACGUUUGCCACGGUCAGGCUUGACGGCAAGGCCAUCCUUGAGAGCACCAACAUGUUCCUGGGUCACCGCGUGGACAUCACCGAGGCUGUGAGGGCUUCAACUGAGCAACGACACGUGCUAGAGAUUGAAUUUGACUGUGCCCAACUCAAAGCGCGCGACCUACGCAGUAAGGACCCUGUGCACAAAUGGGAGGGGUUUAAUGGCGACUUGGCACGCCUCGCCGUGCGCAAGGCGCAGUACCACUGGGGUUGGGACUGGGGCCCAGUCAUCAUGACGGCGGGAAUCUGGCGUGAUGCCCGCCUAGAGGUGUACUCUGCUCGCAUAGAAGAUCUGUGGCCGCAGACACAGCUGUCUUCAGAUCACAGUACAGCGACGGUCACGGCGGCCGCUGACAUCGAGGUAGUCGGCUCAGGAGCCUACACGGCUGUCUUCCGUCUCACACUGCGUGGGCAGGAGAUUGAACGCCAGGAUAUCCCUGUGAAUGGCAACGGUACUGCCCGGGCAACCUUUCAAGUCGCACAGCCGGAGCUGUGGUGGCCCAACGGAUAUGGUGCUCAGACUCUGUAUGGGGUUUCGGUGUCGCUAGUCGGCGAUGGCGUUGAGAAUUACGACCAGGUUUCAAAGGAACUUGGUAUUAGAUCUGCGGAGGUUAUCCAGCAACCCGAUAAGCACGGCAAGUCAUUCUAUUUCCGAAUCAACGGCGUGGAUAUCUUCUGCGGUGGUUCCUGCUGGAUCCCAGCCGAUGGUCUGCUUCCUGACAUCAGCGCGGAGCGUUACUGGAAAUGGGUCCAGUUGAUGGCAGAAGGUGGACAGAAGAUGGUUAGAGUCUGGGGAGGCGGAGUAUAUGAAGACGACGCGUUCUACAAGGCAUGCGACCACCUGGGCGUCCUUGUUUGGCAAGACUUCAUGUUCGGCUGUGGCAAUUAUCCUGCAUGGCCCGAGCUGCGUGAAUCGAUACAGCAGGAGGCAGUCUAUAACGUGCGGCGAUUGCGACACCAUCCGUCAAUCGUGAUAUACGUUGGAAACAACGAAGAUUACCAGGUCCAGGAGCAGGCGGGUCUGACUUACAAUUACGAAGACAAAGACCCAGAGAGUUGGCUGAAGUCAGACUUCCCAGCGCGCUAUAUCUAUGAGAAGCUGCUGCCGGAGGUCGUGGCCGAGAUGUCACCGAGCACCUUCUACCAUCCAGGGAGUCCUUGGGGAGAUGGCAAAGUCACGGCAGAUCCCACUGUAGGGGACAUACAUCAGUGGAACGUAUGGCACGGCACGCAGGAGAAGUACCAGAUUUUCGACAGCCUGGGCGGACGCUUCAACAGCGAGUUUGGCAUGGAGGCAUUCCCUCACCUGGUGACCAUCGAGUCAUUCAUUGAGCACGAGGCCGACAAACAUCCUCAAUCUCAUGUGAUGGACUUCCACAACAAGGCCGAUGGCCAUGAGCGGCGCCUGGCGACAUAUCUGGUGGAGAAUCUGCGUACGGCGACGGAUCUCGAGACCUAUAUAUACUUGACACAGGUCGUACAGGCGGAGGCAAUGAUGUUCGGAUAUCGGGGCUGGCGGCAGCAAUGGGGCGACGAGAGGCGUUGCGGCGGUGCCCUGCUAUGGCAGAUCAACGACUGCUGGCCGACCAUCUCGUGGGCAAUCGUCGACUAUUAUCUACGCCCAAAGCCAGCUUAUUAUGCCGUCAAACGGGUAAUGAAUUCUCUGGCAAUCGGCGUCCGGCGCGAACACAACGACUGGAGCGUGGUGCACGCACAACCCAACAACCAAAGUCGAUAUGAACUGUGGAUCGUCAGUGACAAGCAACAGGUAGUCCAGGGCGCUGUCGAAUUGCGGUUCAUAUCGGUGGACUCUGGCAAGGACUUGCGUCCCCCGGUUGUUCGUGAGGAUAUCGCUAUUGUUGCGAAUGGCACAACCACCGUGAUUGCGGACGGGCUGCUUGACCAUCUGGCCGUGCCAGAGCCUCAUGUUCUGGCGGCGCGUCUAUGGGUAGACGACCGGGUCGUGGCCCGGGAUGUUGACUGGCCGCAGCCGUUCAAAUACUUGGACUUUGCUGACCGGGGUCUGGAGGUGACAGCAAAGGCUGGGGCAACGGACGAGGAGCAGAUUCUUCAGAUCAGCGCACGAAAGCCGGUGAAAUGUCUCGUUUUCGAAGAGCGAGACGGUGUAAGGCUGAGCGACAAUGCGAUUGACCUCUAUCCAGGCGACCAGCAGACGGUCACAGCGACAGGGCUCAGAGGCGAUGCGUCGCCCUUGAAGUACCGUUAUCUCGGUGACCACGUUUAG